CCUUGUUUCUUUUUUUUUUUUUAGACAUUCUGAAUGAUCAAAGAAAAAUACUGUCCUGUCCAAGGAAAAAAUCUCAAGCCCGAAAGACUUCUCUACCUGAUGGACUUCUGAGCAGCCCAAAGGCUAUGAAUCGUCAUCACCACCGGCAUACAGAACCUGUGAUAACUCUUGAAGGAUUAUUGUCUCCAGAAAACCCUACUGUGAGUGAAUCUUCUAGUGUAGAGCAUCCAGCCAUUAGCAAUGGUAUCAUACCAAAUAUGCAAGUACCAAAUAGAAUAGGAAUAACAAAGGAAAAAUUACUAGUUGUUGGAGACUCUCCGAAUAUGGCCACUGUUCCUAGCAUUGUUUGUGCUUCUGAAGAGGAAGAAGAGGAAGACUUACCUGAGAUAAAUCAAUCUCAAGAAAGUAAAGAAAGUAAUUUAACUGAGAGUGACAGUAGCUUUAUAGACACCAAAACAGUGGAAAACACAGAAGAAGCAGAUAAACCAGAUGCUGAGGCAGUAGCCGUAGAAAACCCUGUCUCAACAGAAGCCGAACCAGUUGUGACAGCAAGUGAGAGUUGCGAGACAAUAUCUUCAAGUGAAACAGUUCCUUUGCUCACCACUGAACCAGUUGUUGAAAAUACAGACCCUGUUGGAGAGAUAAGCAGUGAGGAAAGACCAUCGAAUUGUGAGACAAACGUAGAAGCUGUUGAGGAUGAAGAAGAUGAAGAUGAGCAAACUUUAGUUCCAACUAGUCUAAGUGAAGAUUAUGAUGGAGAUACAGAAAUGAAUGAAUCAUUAGGUUUGCAGGCUGAGGAUGAAUGUGAAGAGACAGAACAGGCUACAACAGAACUAUCUGCAAAUACUCCUGUAUCAGAGCCUGUAGAUAAUGUAUAUAUUGAAAGUAGUUCUGCUGGAUUGGAACUUAUGCUUCAUGGCCCUGGAGAACCACCUCUCUUACCUCCAAGAACAUACCCAUCGAAAUCCAAAGCUCCUCCCCUUCCUCCUCGUCAACGUCCAAAAGAAGCGCCCCCACUUCCUCCAAGAUUGCCCGACAAGUCGACACCUUCUUCCCCUGUCAGUCCCAUAGUAAGUCCCACUAUAUGUGGCUCCCAGGCCCCUACUGCAAAUACCAAUGAAUGUACAUUAUCACCAAAAACCCCAGAAACCAGCCCUGCUGCCCAUUCAUUGCAGCCACCACCCCCCAUUCCGCCCAGAACUUACAGCCCUGUACAUAUGGCUGAAGAAAAUGAGCAAUAUAUUGUGGACAGCCUUGUUGGCUCCUUAGAAAACUUGAGUGCUGACCAGGCAGCUGGAGCUGUUGGUGGUCAGCAUGACCAUCUGUUCACACCAAGAUGCACUUCACAUGUAUCAACAAAAUCUAAAGGCCACCACAGUGAAGAAGGAAAAUUCCAUGGAUCUCCAUCUGUUAGUUUAAGCAAUGAUGGUAAAAAACUAUCUUCGACUGUCCCAGGACCUGCUACAAUGGAUUCUGUUGCUAUAGCUGAAAAACCUACAAAACCUCAUUCACAUGUUAAACGACAUAAGAGUCACACUUCUAAAAACCCUCCACAUGAUAAACAUGGCAUGACUCAUUCUAUGUCAGAUUCUAUGCACUCCAAUGGUCGCCAGCACCGCAUAAAUUCUCCACCAAGAUUUUCUGAUGUAUUUGCUAAGAAUGGCACUUCUGACAAUGUGAGUCCACGGUCUGCAACCCCAAUCCAGAAUGGGGCUUCACCAUCACCACCGCUUAAUAGAAUGCGCACUCUAAGUGAAGAGGAACGUAAGCAAAAUAGACAGCAGAUAGCUCAUCACCUACAGCUCUGGCACCAGAAAAGAGUUGGUGUUAACAGUCAGAGGUCUGAUUCUAGUUCUACUUCAUCAGACUCAAAUUCUUCGACUAAUAUCCCUGCUGUUGAUGGUUGUGACCGGCUGGAUGGUUCUAAUUUAACACUUGCUAGCUCAGCUCCGCCUCCACCCCCACCGCCACCACCACCUCCUCCCAACCAGUCCUCCCAUCAGCCGAAAAAUGGGGUUCGCCGCGACACAUCACUACGAUGGUCCAGUCACAACUCUUCAACAACUUCUGUACCACGUCCAUCCACAGCAAGCCACUCUGCAGCUGCUCCUGACUCUGUGGUUUGGCACCGGCGAUCUCACAGUAGUCAUUCUUCUUCCCAUCAUCACGCUAAUAGUGAUAAUGCUGCAUCAUUGCCUCGUUUACCUUCACGAAGGCCCAGAUACCAUCGUGUUGAACCACAACCUGGUGAAGAGCCACUCCCAGCUGAUUGGGAAGCUGGUGUUGACACUCAUGGACGAGUUUUCUAUAUUGACCAUGUGAACCGAACAACAACUUGGCAGAAACCACAAGUAGGACAAAGUACUGGUCAUCGAAGGCCCACUAUAAGUUCAGAACAAAGGCAACAAUUAGAUCGCAGAUAUCAAAGUAUUCGACGAACAAUCUCACAGAGCCGACCUGAAGAACCACCACCACCUCCACCACCACCACCCCUUCCUCCUCAGACAUCUGAAUUGUCAGCCUGUGGUAAGCAUGGUGAUUCAAAUACAUCAAGUGGUAGUAAUAGUAGCAGUUCUGUUACUUCAACAUCAGGUAACACCUCAUCACAGUCACGGACACCUGAAAGCCGAUCUGUAUACAACAGUCCUGCUGUUAAAUUUCUGACAAGACCUGACUUCUUCCCUAUUCUUCAAGCACAUGAGGGCGUUUUACAAGCAUACAACAGGAACAGUACUUUGAACCAUAUGAUAACUCGAAUUCGCAGAGACCCACAGACCUUUGAGCGGUAUCAACAUAACAGGGAUUUAGUUUCAUUCUUAAAUAUAUUUACGGAUACUAGAAGAGAACUACCUCAAGGCUGGGAAAUGAAGAUUGACCGAUCAAGGAAAGCUUUUUUUAUUGAUCAUGUAAAUAGAACAACAACUUUCAUAGACCCACGCUUGCCAGUUGAUACUCCCCCAGUAAACCCUUACUUUCUACAUAUGUCCUUCUUGCGCUUGGAUGGCUCUCACACUGGAAGUCCUCACUCCACUUCUUAUCAUGCUGGAGGCCCUCACAGUAGCAGCUCUCAUUCAAGUCCACACUCAGGAGGUACACAUUCACACUCGAGCCCACACUUAGGUGGCCCACACUCAACUUCUCACAGUACACAUUCUCUUUCACAUUCAGCUUCUCAUACAGGCGCACCAACACCACCUCCUCGAAAUGCUGGAAGUGAUGUAAUUCCAACAGCAUACAAUGAUAAAGUUGUUGCAUUCCUUCGUCAACCUAACAUUAGUGAAGUCUUGAAGGAGAAACAGUCUUGUUAUGCAUCCAACAGUUCUCUUCGAGAUAAAAUCAAUAAAAUUCGUUCUGAAGGCACUGAUGCCCUUGAUCGCCUUUCUAAUGAUAUUGAAUUAACAAUAUUAUUAAGCUUAUGUGAGAAUGAAAUCAUGUCCUAUGUUCCUCCUCAUCUACAACAAUCCUCUUUAAGCUCAGGGGUCCAUUCCCCAUCAGGUUCACCACAAGCUUCUCCAGGUGUUCAACGACCAACUAGAGUUCCAGCUCCAUACAAAAGGGAUUUCCAAGCAAAACUCAGGAAUUUUUACAAAAAAUUAGAAACUAAAGGAUAUGGUCAGGGACCAGGGAAAUUAAAAUUAACAGUAAAAAGAGAUAAUGUUUUAGAAGAUGCCUUUAAUAAAAUAAUGUCCACUUCUAAGAAAGAGCUACAGAAAAGUCGACUCUAUAUCUCAUUUGCUGGGGAAGAAGGGUUAGACUAUGGGGGACCAUCGAGAGAGUUUUUUUUCCUGUUGUCACGCCAGCUUUUCAACCCAUAUUAUGCUUUGUUUGAAUAUUCUGCCAAUGACACAUACACUGUACAGAUUAGCCCAAGGUCCAGAUUUGUAGAUAACUACCAAGAAUGGUUCAGGUUUGCAGGACGUGUUUUAGGAUUAGCUCUGGUCCAUCAGUACUUACUGGAUGCAUUCUUCACUAGACCAUUCUAUAAAGCUUUGUUAAGAGAAUCCUGGACAAUAGCAGAUGUUGAGGCUCUAGAUACAGAAUUUCACCAAAGUUUGUUGUGGAUUCAGGAUACAGAUAUUACUGAACAUGAUUUAGUGAUGACAUUCUCAGUAAAUGAAGAAGUUUUCGGUCAGGUUACUGAAAGAGAGUUAAAACCAAAUGGAAAAAACAUACCAGUGACAGAGAAAACUAAAAAAGAAUACAUAGAAAAAAUGGUGAACUGGCGCUUAGAACGGGGAGUAACAGAGCAAACGGAAUGUCUAAUUAAGGGUUUCUAUGAGGUGAUUGACCAUCGUUUAGUUUCUGCUUUUGAUGCCCGGGAACUGGAACUUGUAAUUGCUGGAACAGUAGAAAUUGAUAUUAAUGACUGGAGGAAAAACACUGAGUAUCGUUCAGGUUACCAUGACCAACAUCUUGUUAUUCAGUGGUUUUGGGCAGCAAUUGAAAAAUUUGAUAAUGAAAGAAGGUUACGCCUUUUACAGUUUGUAACUGGAACCUCCAGCAUUCCAUAUGAAGGGUUUGCUGCCCUACGUGGAAGUAAUGGACCACGGAAGUUUUGUAUUGAAAAGUGGGGACGCAUUACCAGCCUUCCAAGAGCACACACUUGCUUUAACCGCUUAGACCUGCCUCCAUACACUUGUCAAGAAAUGUUGUUUGAGAAAUUAGUAACUGCAGUGGAGGAAACAAGUACUUAUGGCAUGGAGUAAAGCAACUUACCUUGAGUCAUUUGAUGAUGAUGUUUGAUAAUGAUGAUGAUGGUGAGGAGGAAGAGGAGGAGGAGUCUGAUAGCAGUAGCAAUACCUAGUUAUCUGUUUAAGGCAGCAGCAAUACAGCAGCAAUACAGCAGCUCUAUGUAUCAACACCAGUUGUCCAUAUGUCUUGCUAUAACAGUGAAACUAUCUGCAAUUGCCUGCUAGCCAUGUCUCUGGCCAAAUGCCACUGCUAUUUUGCAGGAAUUCUCUCACACAACACAUGUACAUUAUACACUCACUUACCUGUGCAUACACACACACACACACACACUAUACAUUAUAUAUAUAAAUAUACAUAUAUAUGUGAAAGGAAACUGACAAAAUAUAACUACAUUGUUGCCUUGAAACUAUGUAGUAUAGUAGUUUAACUAGAUUUAUUGAUAUGUGCAUAAAUAACAUACUAAACACACACACAUAUAUAUAUAUAUAUAUAUAUAUAUAUAUAUAUAUGUGUGUGUGUGUGUGUAUAUAUAUAUAUAUGUUCCCAAUUGGUUUGAAGUACAAAUCAAACUAAGGUUUCUUGUAAUCCAGCGUGCAUCGCAUAAAUUUACUUUGAUGCACUGUAGCAUAUUUCUGUGAUAUGAGAUGGAUGUUGGAGACAGAUAUUUUGCUAGUUGCCUGCAUUGAUAAAAGAAGUAUGUGAGAAAAAGCAUUGCAUAGCAAGCAGCCUUAUCCUACACUGGCUUAACAGAAAUACUUCUAUUGUCUUUGACAUUGCUGCUGUCUAGAAGCAUUUCUUCCACACUAAGAAUUUCUCUGAUGUCCCACCCCACCCCCUUGCAUUGUCACAUAAGUGGGAGAUCAGUAACCUGUGAUGGAAAAAAAAAUGA